CGCUCAAAUCCGAGCUCCAAUCUCAGCGUUCGUUAUCGAAGCGUUCGCAAUCUAAAAUAAUAGUAAAUUAAAUGGAAGAUAAUCACAAGUCGUGUGAUGCGUUCGAUAUUUUUGUGCGGAUCAUCAUUAUGGAAACAAAUGGUUAGAAACGAUACAUGCUGAAACAGUUGAAGAAGGAUUUUGUCGCUAUCGCCGCAAAGUGUGUACAUCCCCAAACACAGCUGUCAUAUCAGCUCGGGUGUCGUGUCAACACCGUGUACAAAAAAAAAUUCUACACCGCUCGGAGUGCAAUUACGGGUGCUCGACCUACCGACAAACUGAGUCCAAAAAGUGAAACAAAUUUAAAAAAUGUCUUUCGAACGAUGCUGAUCUUUGCAGCACACUUCAACCGUGUCCAAUACGGAUCGAAAAGCUUAUCUGCAACAUAGGCAUAGAAUUCCCCCUGCCGAUAGAUCGCUGCAGUAGGUACCGUGCACCACUCCUCGUGCGAACUACAUCGAGUUGAUUUCGACCAAUUCAUUCCUUUCCCCGAUUGCCUACGCGCUGCGUCAGUACCUAAAGGUUUUCCUAAGGUUUUCCUUAUCAGCGUUGUGUACGAAAAAAAACGUCUUCACGAUGCUGCCAUUAACGCAUAAGGAUUCACGUGGAUUUGGCUAUCGGAUACGUGAAAAGUUCAACAGUCUGAGCCGGCUCAUUCUGUCGGAUCGCAAUUCGCGAAAUUUGUUUUUCUUCCUACUGCUUAAUCUAAGUUUUGCCUUUGUUGAGCUAAUGUACGGCAUAUGGACGAACAGUUUAGGUUUGAUCUCGGAUUCGUUCCACAUGUUCUUCGACUGUACCGGAUUGUUGGCCGGAUUGGCUGCGUCCGUUAUAACAAAGUGGCGGGCGAAUGAAAAAUAUUCGUACGGAUACGUUCGUGCGGAAGUGCUUGCUGGCUUUGUAAACAGUCUCUUUCUACUGUUUAUCGCAUUCUUCAUCAUGUCGGAGGCAGUGGAACGUGCCAUCGAACCGCCGGAAGUGAAACACGAACGAUUGUUCGUCGUUUCGGUGCUCGGGUUGCUGGUGAAUCUGGUCGGUAUCUAUGCAUUCCAACACGGUGGCCAUGGACAUUCGCAUGGAGGUGGCGGUGGUCAUGGCCAUUCACACGGAGGUGGUGGCGGAAGUCACGGACAUUCCCACGGCGGAGGAAUAAAUCAUCACAGCCACGAUACUCAUCAUCUACUGUCGAACCAUAACGAUCACCAUGGGCAUUCGCAUGGUGCAGGCGAUCAUCAUCAUAGCCAUGGUAGUGGUGAGAUUAUUUCGACCAACUCUCAGAUUAUGCGAGGAGUCUUCCUGCACAUCCUGGCCGAUACGCUCGGUUCGGUAGGUGUUAUUAUAUCGGCUGUGUUGAUGCAGGUGUUUGGCUGGAUGCGAGCCGAUCCCAUUUGCAGCAUGUUCAUUGCGCUAACGAUCGGGCUCAGUACGCUGUCGUUGAUCAAGGAAUCGGUCAUGGUGCUGAUGCAGCGUCAACCGGUAGCACUGGAUCGAUUACUGCCGUCCUGCUAUCAGAAGGUGACCGGUCUGGCUGGUGUGUACAGCGUACAGGAGCCACAUUUUUGGACCCUCUGCACCGACGUGUACGUAGGUGUCAUCAAGCUGGAGGUAUCGAAAAACGUUGAUCCCAAGUACGUGGUACAGCACACGCGCAUGAUCUUCGAAGCGAUAGGCGUGCGGCAGAUGAACAUUCAGCUAGACUAUACUGCAAUGUGAUAAACCCGCGUAGUUGGAGCUGUGAAAUGGGGCUGAGAUACACGUUCCGAUCAAUUGUCGUGCAUGUUGUUGUUUCAGGUUGUUUUCUUGACCCAAAACCAACACCACUAAUCUGCUGUGGUAACACUGUUUUCUACCUCUAUGCUACUCCCUACCGGCUAGAGAUUUUCACGUUUUCGUAUCAGUUUUAUUUCAUAGGCACCACCUAGUGGGAGAAGUAUUGCUUACAAACAUUUCAGACGUACGAAUUAGAAUAGAACCUAAGUUUUGUUUUAUGAAGCACACCUUACCUACUUACUGUUUUUUUUCCGUUAGGCAUUGUUUAGUCCUCUUUUGGGCGAUACAGUCUGUGCUCAUGGUUCAUAGGAUUACAUUUAAAUAAGCCAAAUCAAAUAAGAGUGGCUCGGUUCUUUCCUAACAGUCAACGAUUCGUGUGCGUGAAUCUUUGAACGUAGACGAAUUAAGUAUAAAAUGUUAAACAUAUGGUAUCAUACCCGUUCUGCGCUAUAGAAGCGCAAGCUCCCCAUGCAGGAAGAACUGAAGUGCUGUAAGGGCAUACAAUGUAGUAAGAUUUAUUUCCAAGGGAUCGUGAAUGCAUCGUUCAUGUUGUAAUAGGAUAUUCGUAAUUAAGGGGACAUAUUUGCAAGAAAAGAACAACCACAAGAACAGUUGCUGAAUCAACAAACAAAUGGAAAGGGUAAAGCACGAUGCAAUGCAUUUGAUUUUACAAUGCCUACGUAUUUGUAGGUUGGAUGAAUGCUGGAAGAAAAAUACAAUUCUGUUAACGAUA